CGUAAUUUGCUACGGGUAGUAUUUUACUCAAUUGUAUGCGACAGGCUAACCGAGACUGGCUCUGCCGCUGGAGAAAAUUGAUGGUGAGAUUAAGAAGAGAAUUUAAUUUUUAAUUCUAAUAUCUUGUCUACUAGAGGUGGUGAAAAUUGAAUGGGAGUUUAAUUUGAGAUUAGAUUAUUAAUGAAAAAAUAUUAUUGAGAUUUAUUUGGACAAAAUAAAGGAUGAAUUAUCUCCUAAUUACCACCCCUUCUCAAUUCUCCAUCCUCAUUCCCCGCGGCAGCGGCAGGCUCAAUGCCUUCUCGCAUCGAUUCUUGAUCCCAAGGAGAUGGUCAAGGGGAGAAGCGGCGCUUCUCGAUUCGACGGCGACGACCUUGGAGGAGGGAGGAACGGCGGCGCUUCUUGAUCCAACGGCGACAAGGCAUGGGGGGAGCAGGCGCAGGAGGGUUACCUCUUGUCGAUCUUGGCCUGACGCUGACGGCGGCCAUGGGUAGAGCCGUAGAGGUGGCCUCCUGCCCGCCGGACGCUGUGCUCCUUCUCCCCCGCAUCGAACAGUGAACUGUGAGGCACAAAUGUGAGCAUCAGACUGGAUGGCCAACAUUUAGGGUGACUCCACUCCAGAGCGCUGCUUGAUCCAUCUUCUGCUUUCAUUGUUACUAUUUCUUUGCUUCCAAACCACAUAUGCAUUCAGGGUGACUGACCGAAUCCAAUGCCAUUGAUUUCUUUUGUCCUCUGUCCACCAAUCUUCGAAAUUUUGUCUGGCUAGCAGGGAAAGCGAGCAGGCAGGUUCAGUGGUCAGUGCAGAGAGAGCAACCCUGCAGCUAUUGAUUCAGUGCAGAGAGAACCCAGCACCAGUUCGCGAAAAAAAGAACCCAGCACCAAAGCUGCAAUGAUUCAGCAGCUGCAGCUGUUGAUUCAAUGCAGAGAGAAUCCAUCACCACAUCUGAUCGCAGAAGAUGCAGAUGCGGUUCUGCAGACGAUCAGCCGCCAGCAAAACAAACGCCAGCGAAGGACCAGCCACAUCAAGUUCAACGAUCUCCAAAUUGACAUGCAACACAACAAAAGCUGAUUAGACCAUGGGAGAGGUGCAAACUGGUGUGCAACAACAAAACCUUAUUCGACCAUUGAACAGGUGCUCGUGUGCGGAGCGUGCGCUGAAUUCUCCUGAAGUGAAGGCUACCAGCGCCGUAUUGGCACAUCAGGGAUAUCAACUUCUACAACAAAAACUGCUCAUUAGUUCCCAGAUGCAGGGGUAUUCCAAAAUGGCCUCUUAAUUUGAUCCAUCUUAUGUCCAGUGGUGCCUCAGCUACCAUUCUUUGGGAAUGGAUCUUGUUAGGCACCAAAAACUCCAAUGGGGAGGCACCACUUUUUGUAAGCAAAAUGUUAAUAUAUUGUCCAACUAGUAAUAACUAUAAUGAUAACCCCAUGAUACCAUGCUAUGGACAACUUCAUUUCAAAAGGUAAGAGUAUGGAAUAAAGCUGAGUGGUGAGUUAAGUAUAUGGACUGAAUGGGACAGCUAUUAGUGGCCCCUUUUCUUUUUUAUUUUAAUUUUCUUUUUUGUCCUUUUGGCACAACAAUGGAACAUCCUGGGUACCUUUUAGUAAUUUCCCAGAAGGUUAGCUGAGCACUUGUGCGUGGAUGCAGCGUAUGGCCCCAAAAGUGAGUUGAGCCCCUUCUUCUACAUAAGGAAAGAACUAACUGAAAUUUGGGGCUGUACUCUUCUAAAUUUCAGUUAGCGCUCUUCGUUUAAUUUUUGGGAGACGAAAUUUGUACUCUAUCUGGAACUAGCGCAUCUGCACUCUCUUUCCUGUGAUCCUAUCUAAUCUCUAUUCAUAUUGAUCUAACAUUUUUUUGAACAAACAUGUGAUUGCUUUGCUCAUAAAAGACAUCAAGAAGAGCAAGAUCAAGAAGAGGAGCUAGCUAGGUAGUCUGAUCAUUGGGUAGAAAGAUUUGUGAAACAAAUUAAGGACCCAGCAGUGCUCAAUCUGGCUAUGGACAAGGUCGUCGGAAUAUUGAGGGGAGUAGCUGGUGUUGCUGCUGACGCCAAUGCAUUCCGUGAAUUCUUCCACUGGGUCACACCACACGUCUUAGCUGCCGUACGUUCUCAACAGCAGCAGCAGCUGCUGCAACUGGAUUCAGGAGGGCCAGUAUCAGCAUCAACUGGAAACAACAGAACAGCUCCACUGCAUCAGAUUCAGGAUGAUCUUCAGAAACUCGAGCACAACCUUUGGGUGAUCCAAACAACUAUUACAUCCACGAUGCAUGAUCUCAUCGACCGCCUUGAGUGGCAUAGCCACAGGGAAACAGAAGCCAGGCACCUUCGCCAGAUCAAGGAUGCAGUGUACGAUGCCGAGGACCUCCUUGAUGAGUACAAUUACUAUGCUCUUAAGGUGAAAGUGGAGGCGAGCAAGAACUUGGGGCAAGAUCACUCACAUGGACCCGUUUUAGAGUUCUUGGACAGUGUCAACUUCAAUGGCAACUUCAGCAAAGUGAUGGAAAUCCAAGACAGACUGAAGCAUGUUUUCGACCAAUCCAUGGGUUUAGGCUUGCACAAAACACCCAAGAAGUUUGAUCGAUUAGUCAGGCCAGAGACAUGCCGUGUCCUUGAUGAGUCACAGAUAUUUGGUCGUGAGCAAGAACUGAAGGAGUUGAUGCAAAUGCUAGGAGUAGAUGGACACAAGAGAGGCAGGCCUGCAGCACACACUAACACUACUGAAGCAAGAAGGAUGGAGUUGCCUGUGUUGCCAAUAGUUGGCAUGGGAGGUGUCGGCAAGACAACUAUGGCCCAACAAAUCUGUGAGGAUCCAGAGGUGCGCAAACAUUUUCAUCACCGCAUAAUCUGGAUAUGUGUCUCAGAUGAAUUUGAGGUAAACAGGUUAACAAAAGAUGCUCUGAAGUCUCUUGGAGUCAAGUCAGAAGAUACCGAUACAAGGGAUAAUCUUAUGGUUAAUUUACGUGAUAGUGUCAAGUCAAAGAAGUUUUUGCUCGUCCUUGAUGACAUGUGGGAUGAUGUCUUAAAGGAUGAGAAAGGAUGGAGAACAUUUCAUAGAACUUUAAGCAAUGGUCUUGAUGGCAGUAUGAUUUUGGUCACCACUAGAUCUUCCAAGGUUGCUAACUUAGUCAGCGACGGUAAUCACUAUGAGCUGAAAGGAUUGCAAGAUGGGGUUUUCUGGAAUUUCUUCAAACUAUGUGCAUUUGGAUCUGUCCAGAGUUGGAGCAACAGGCCAGAGUUGCAGCGCAUUCGUCCAGAAUUGGAGCGCAUUGGUAGAGCUAUACUUCCCAAGUUGAAGGGUUCACCUUUGGCUGCCAAAACUCUUGGACGAUUGUUGAAAUGCAACCGAAGCAUAGAGCACUGGGAAGACAUAUUGAAAAGAGCUGUGGCGAUUAGAACAAGAGGAGACUGACAUUUUGCCGGCCCUUCGACUAAGCUAUGCGUACCUGCCGCAGUACAUGAAAGAAUGCUUCUCAAUCUGUGCUAUAUAUCCAAAGGAUCACAUAUUUCAAAAGGAAUUUUUAGCAGACAUUUGGGUAGCACAAGGGUAUGUGGAGCCUCAAGAUGCAUCCUCUUGCUUUGAUGACCUUGUAAACCGAUCCUUCUUUCAGCAAGCAGCCCACCAAUAUGAUAAUCAGUAUGUAAUUCAUGAUUUGCUACAUGAUACAGCACAACUAGUCUCUAAGGAUGAGCGCUUCAUCAUACAACAUGUAAGUGACCUAGCUAAAAUCCCUCCAAAGGUACGUCAUCUAUCAAUAUUCACUAAUGGAAAUAUCAGAUGUUCAGAUUUACUGUAUAUUUGCGCACAAAAUAAAAAAUUGCGUUCCCUAGUAUGCAAUGAUUCUUACAUAAAUUGGGAACCUUUUGCUCCCAUGAUUGACGGUUGGUUCAAUGAACUUUUGAAUAUCCGUGUAUUGAGUUUUGAUCUUUCGACUGUCAGAAAGCUACCUGAGAGCAUAGGCAACUCAAUACAUUUGCGCUACCUUGGUUUAUUAGGAAAUUCUACUUUUGAGACCCUUCCUUCAUCUGUUAGCUGCCUGUAUCAUGUCCAGACUAUAAAUGCCAAGGGUUGUGUUUUCAAAAGAUAUCCUCAAGGUUUUAGUGAUCUUAUUUCCUUAAAGAAAAUUGAAUCAAAGGGCUUCAUAUAUAAUAAGGAUAAAGAUAAGCAAUGCCUAAGGUGGCCCAUAAUGCGAACACCUGACAGGGGCGAAGCCAGAACAAGGCUGAGCCCCCCCUAUGCUCCAAACCUGGCUCUGCCACUGACACCUGAAGAACAGUUACAGAUGACAGAGGAGCAGAUUGAAUUGUUACCUCAUUGGAACCUUCAGCAUUUGACAAUAGAGUAUUACCUGGGUCAAUCUUGCCCCAGUUGGCUCCGGCCAGACUGCCUGAAAAUGCUGACUUCACUUAAACUUUCUUAUUGCAAGAACAUUCAGAGCAUAUCAUUCUUUGACCCACUCUUUCCUGAUUCGGAAGAUUCAAAGAACAUUUGUCACCUUGAGGUGUUGGAUAUCCAACAUUGUCCUAACAUCAAUUGGCAAGGUUUGGUGGCUUUACCUUCUUCUCUUAGAAAGAUUAUCCUUGGAAACUUUGGCCAUUCGACGGAUCACUUUGUGAGUUGCUUUUGUGGCCUCGCUCUCCUGAAAUGUCUGCAAAUACAGUGUGAAUUCUUAAUGUCUAUUCCCCUGCAAGUUUGUAAAAAUAAUCUUCAAGCCUUGGAGGAUUUGCAUAUUUAUCAGUGUAGCUCCCUCACAUCCAUCUAUGUCUCAGAGGCAAGCAGCAGGCACCCUGUUGGAGUAUUUUCAUCCCUUUCAAGUGUCACCAUUUCUCUUUGCAAUGCACUGUUGAGUCUUGAUGAGUUCCUGAUGCCUGCUUAUAUGCCCGUCGUGAAGACCAUUCUUGUGGAAAGUUGUCGACAAUUAGCAUUACUGCCGAUUGAUGAGCUUCAUCGCUUUUCUUGCUUGGAGGUGCUACGUAUUGAAUCAUGUCCCAAUUUGAAUACACGGAGGAUAAUGACAUUACCAUCCUCUCUUCGGAAGCUCAGUUUACUCGGUUGUCCAAGCAUAGAGUUCAUCGACAACAGCCAUCUGGCGAGUUCUGUGACACUCAAGGGACUCAACCUGAAACUUGUUAGCUGUCCAGACCUCAUCUCUAUUGUUGGUGCUAUAUCUAUCUCUGAAAUACAGUCGGGUUAUAUACAUGAUUGCCCCAAGCUGAUGGAGAUGACACAGCCUUUCACAAGAGGUCGCUACUGAUGAUUUCAAGAUAAUGUCGAGUGUUCAAGAUGAUUUCAGAUGCAAACAGCACAGAACAUGCCAGCAUAAGUUAUGUUGGGGAUCAGGGAGAAUCAUCUCGGCAAACUCUACAUCAUUCACUUAUAUCAUAAUGUUUGAAGUUUAGUAAUAAACUUUGUUAUUAUAUAUAGGAGAGAGCCAAAAGAAAGUGCAGACUAAUCAGACCAUGGGUAUUGGCUAGGAGAUGAGAAUCUCAAGAGCUGAAUUUGUGGGUGUACAAUUGUGUAUUUUACUGGAUGAUACCCCAUGCAUUGGUGUGGAGAUUUACGUGAAAGACUAUUAUAUAUAGAGGGACAAACUUUAUAAAAAUAUAACGGUAUCAUGAUGAAUAACUUUGAAUCACUCUAUUAAAUUUUGUAGGAUGCAGUUUUAUUUCAGCCCACGGUGGCUUUUGUUGUGUGUUGGUCUUAGUAGAAUUGUAUCAGGGAACUAUAGCCUACGUACAUAACCGAAGUAUCUUAAAACUGCUGAGAUGAAAUCUGUAUGCAAUGGCUCAUGUAUUCUUGAUAA